AUGAAACAGCAAUUUAAAGGACAAUGUGUUCCAGUUCUUGAGCACCCGAAACUCCAGGACAUCCUAUUAAUUCCUGUCAUUGGACCCAGGCGAGAUUUAAAAAAACAUGCAUCUGAAGUCAUUGUUGGAGCCCAAUGUGGAUAUGCAGUACUUCGAGGAGCACAUGUUUAUGUCCCUGGAAUCAUAUCUACCUCAAGAUUUCUGAAAGCUGGAGAUCUGGUCUCUGUGUAUUCAGAUAUUGAAGGGAAAUGUAAAAAAGGAGCCAAAGAAUUUGAAGGAGUCAAAGUUUUCCUUGGAAAUGGGAUUUCCGAACUGAGUCGCAGUGAAAUCUUCAGUUCAAGUGGCCCAUUGAAAGGGAUGGGCAUAAGAAUGAUAGAGCCAGUCUACCUUAGUCCUUCUUUUGACAAUGUGCUCCCUAGUCAAUUGUUUUUACAGAAUUUGCCUUCUGUGGUCGUGAGCCAUAUUUUAAACCCUCAGCCAGGAGAGAGAAUUUUGGAUAUGUGUGCUGCACCUGGAGGAAAAACAACCCAUCUUGCAGCAUUAAUGCAUGACCAGGGUGAAGUAAUAGCCAUGGACAAAAUAGCUAACAAGGUCAAAAAAAUUAAGCAGAACGCCAAAUUGCUACAGUUGAGUUGCAUUAAGGCUUUUUGCUAUGAUGGAACAAAGGCACUUUCAGUUGAGAAGAAAGGGCAUGAACAAGAAGGACCUCCAUUCCUACCAGAGUCAUUUGACAGAAUUCUUCUUGACGCUCCAUGUAGUGGGAUGGGACAGAGACCAAAUAUGGCUUAUGCCUCGACUUUAAAGGAAGUGACCUCUUAUAAACCACUACAGCGCAAGCUUUUCACGGUGGCAGUGAAAUUGCUGAAACCAGGAGGUGUUUUAGUAUAUAGUACAUGUACGAUUACACUCUCUGAAAAUGAGGAGCAAGUAGGUUGGGCCCUGAAAACUUUUCCAUGCCUUCAGCUUCAGCCACAGGAACCUCACAUUGGAGGAGAAGGCAUGAGGGGAGCUGGACUGCCGCUUGAUCAGUUGAAGCUGCUGCAGAGAUUUGAUCCAUCUGCUGUGACAUUGCAAGGAAUGGAUAUUAAUUCUUUGCAAGAUUUCAGGGAAGAGGAUCUGAUUUCACUGGCAAAUAAGGACUGUAUAGGAUUUUUUAUUGCAAAGUUUAUUAAAUUGGACAGUAAAUAAGCAUUUAGAAAUGCCACCUGAAAAAAACACCUCUGUGCGUCUACAGACAGUUGAGACAUGAAGUGUGUUUCUCACUGCUGCAACGUUGCCAAGCCAACGGGCUGACGGCAGGGUUGCUAUGGCAGCUAUAAAAUCUGCCAGCUGUUCUGCUGGGAAAGAGCCACAGGUUGCAGAAAGAAAAUCAUGUCUGGGGGAAGGGCAGCAUCAUUUUUAAGUCUCCAUUUGCUUUUGUAUUUACAGCAGGUCAGUGCGUGAAUGACAAGUAUGUUCACUCACACUGCUGUCUGCUCUUUCUUUCCCCAUGCGAGUUGCUUAUCUAGUGCAGCAAGUACAGGAACAGGG